UUUGAUGCAGGGGAGGGAUGGAAGUGACUGACGAUCUUGUACAUCUUUGAGGCUCUCCCUUUCUGGCUUUCUAAUGCUGUAAGAACCGACAAUCGUAACAUUUUUCUAUUACUUUUAGAAGGUCGGUCUGUUCCUGUUCUUUCCUUAUUUUUCAAGCAAUCUUAGCAGACGCUUAAAUUAUCUUCAGCAUGUGUGAGGUAGGCAGCGUUACUAUGACAUCUUUCCUUAAAAGGAUUGCUGUGGUUCUGUGGGUUUAAAACCCAUAAUUUGCUCAUCACCCUGGAAUCACGGUUGUGGAGUUUUCAAGAAUGAAUGUCUGUCCCUCCCCCCAGUUUUUAAAGCUCUAAUGCCGUUAUCAUUAGUAAGAUUUCAACAAAUACCUGGUGAUCACAUUUGCCUGGCACUGAGGUUGGAAAUAAAGCGGUAAAGUGACUUGCUUUUGUUUUCUGUUUCACCUUCUGCUCCCUAAUCACGGGAGAAGAAUACUUUAGAAAGAAUCAUACAGGUUGUUAAAUGGUUGCUUAAAUGCGGUGCUGCCAGAGCGCUCAUCCCCUUAGAAUGCACUCGCCGUGCCACGCCGCGCGGGGACCUUGCCUGGUUUUGUUCCUUUUGCAAUCGCCAGUGGCUGGAAGAGGGCUGAGCAGAUGAAUGAAUGACGGUUGUCCGGAGGUGUUCAAGAUGCUAUGAGAGCACAGACGGGGCCCAGAAGGUUUCGCUGAGGAAAUUUUAUCAUGUGGGCAACCUGCUGCAACUGGUUCUGCCUGGAUGGACAGCCUGAGGAGGCCCCACCGCCCCAGGGAGCCAGGACGCAGGCCUAUUCCAACCCUGGGUACAGCUCCUUCCCUUCCCCCACGGGCUCGGAACCAAACUGCAAGGCCUGCGGGGCCCACUUCGCAAGCAUGGCCAGGAAGCAGCAGACCUGCUUGGACUGUAAGAAGAAUUUCUGCGUGGCCUGUUCGAGCCAAGUGGGGAGCGGGCCCCGCCUCUGCCUUCUCUGCCAGCGCUUCCGAGCUACAGCCUUUCAGCGGGAGGAGCUCAUGAAGAUGAAGGUGAAGGACCUGAGGGACUAUCUCAGCCUGCAUGACAUCUCUACCGAAACGUGCCGGGAGAAGGAGGAGCUGGUGUUCUUGGUGCUUGGCCAGCAGCCUGUAAUCUCCCAGGAGGGCAGGACUCGCGCCCCCAGCCUGUCCCCGGACUCCCCCGAGCAGCAGGCCUUCCUGACCCAGCCUCACACCAGCACAGUACCUCCCACCUCACCCGGCCUCCCUUCCUCGGCCCCGGCCCAGGCUCGGGACCGGCAGCAGGCCAAUGGCCACGUGUCUCAGGACCAGGAGGAACCCGUCUACCUGGAGAGCACAGCCAGAGCACCUGCUGAGGAUGAGACCCAGUCUGUUGACUCAGAGGACAGCUUCGUCCCGGGCCGGAGGGCCUCUCUGUCUGACCUGACCGACCUGGAGGACAUUGAAGGUCUAACCGUGCGGCAGCUCAAAGAGAUCCUGGCUCGCAACUUCGUCAACUACAAGGGCUGCUGUGAGAAGUGGGAGCUGAUGGAGAGGGUGACGCGGCUGUACAAGGAUCAGAAGGGACUCCAGCACCUGGUGUGUGGUGCUGAAGACCAGAACGGGGGACCAGUGCCAUCCAGCCUGGAGGAGAACCUGUGUCGGAUCUGCAUGGACUCGCCCAUCGACUGUGUUCUGCUGGAGUGCGGCCACAUGGUCACCUGUACCAAGUGUGGCAAGCGCAUGAACGAGUGUCCCAUCUGCCGGCAGUACGUGAUCCGAGCCGUGCAUGUCUUCCGAUCCUGAGGCCUUGUACCGGCUUCUUCAGUGCCUUACAGGGACAUAGCUCGAGGUGUCUGGGCCCACAGUUGGCCAGCUUGCAGAGGGGCAGCCUAACAAGAAAAUCUGCACUGUUCCCAAGACCAGGGCAAGCAAGAUGCUGUGUCACCUCUGGACAUGCACAGAUCGCACAGGCAAGUCCCUGUUUCAGCGAUCUUGGGGUGAUGAUGGUAACUGAUGAAGAGAGGACUUUCUGGAAUUUGGACCGUAUCUUCUUCCCUUCCUCUGAGAACCUAAACAGUUUCACCCUUCCUCCUGUAGCCCACCCAUCCCCCUGAGCUGCGUGCCUCUCUUCCACCCAUCGGAAGUCCUGGUAGAAAUGGCUCUCUUCUUCCCCAGCACAUCUGGAUUCAUUUCUGGUCUCUCUGGCUUUCUGUGCUUUAACCGACCUUUGCUGAAAUCUCUUGCUACAUUACCUAAAAUCCCAUGUGUUUCUUCAGACCAAAAAGAUGUUAGCUUCCCAGACCAAUAGUGAUCCUCCUUAGGACAGAAUUUGGCCCAGUAAACUCAUUUCUGGCGAGAAAUGAAACACAAAUGCUAUUGAAAAAAUUUGAAGUCGUUAAGAGUUGCUUCCUUAAGUGCUGGGAUUGGAAGCUAUCAGUCUCCUGACCUGACCUUGGCAGUCAACAAAGCAUCUGGCUUUCAAACUGCUGGGAAAUUCCAGUCUCUGUGCGCGAGAUGGUGCAUGGAUCAUCUCUGCUGCUUCUCUUGGGGCCUGACUUUGUGCCAUCCUUAAUUUUAGUUUAUGAGAAAAGGGAAAGCGUUGGGUGGAAGCAGUGGCUUUCUGCUUGGCUUUGCCUUCUCCAACAGACAGCCUUAAACCACUUUCCCCUGAGCAUGAGGUCCCUCUUUCCCAUGGAGGUUUUAAACAUGGUCUCACUGAAGGCACAGAGACUUAGGCAGAGAGCCUCACGCUUCUCUAGCCAGACUUCUCAUGAAGCUCCCAGAGACUGAGCACGUAAGACAGAGCACCUAAGAGGUAUCAAGGUACUGAACGAGGCUGGAUUCAGCCCUUGAGCAGACAGCUGGAAGUCUUAGUUCCCCAGGUUGGUGGGGACUCCCUACUCCCAUUUCCUUUCUCAGCCUGCUGAUUUAGGGGCAGGUCAGGAAGAAGCAUUCUCUAGGCCCUUUAGGAAGGGCCGUGCAACGAACAGGUGAUGUUCUCGAGCCCUCUUAGGGUCUUUUCACCACUGGAAGAGCUUAAGUUUGCCGGAGAAGCUUAGCCAAGCACAAACGUACGUACUGUGUACUAUCAGAAGAGCGGUGUGUGAUGCCGUCACCACUGGGCGAGCUAUGCAAACCCUUGAACACCCGAAGGCCCUGGCAGUCCCCCCACCCCCACCCCAUGCAGCCAAGAUCUCUCAGACUGGAAGAACCAGUCAUGACUUUGAAAGCAGUGGGAAACCUCUAAGGGGACCUGUUUAUUGGUACAGACAUGUUUAAUGCUGUCAACCACUAAUCAAUCUCUUUUGGGGGAGUGAAAUAAUUUUAAAGUGGUUGUCAGCUGAACACUGGACCGCUUACCUUGACAUUAUACCAAGUCCUGGGUGAUUUGAUUCUGGGCUACAGCCUUUGUAGGAACUGGGGGAAUCAAGAAAUUUCCCUAUAAAGACAUCGUCUUUCACCUUUCUGCUGGACAGUAAAUACUAUAGUUUACAGUGCCUACCAGUUUAACAAAGGAUUCAGCUACUCCUCAAUUCCACUGUGAAACAGGUCUACAUGUAUGCAGCUCAGUUACAACCUAGCAAUAACUUCAGGGCAGAAGCUGGCUGUCUCCCUACUUAAAACUUGCUUUCUCUGCUGCGGCCUUACCUCUCCCUACCUCCCAACUUCCCUCUUAAGACAUGAGUUAAUAAUAUCCUGAUGGUUGGUUUGUAACCUCAGUAAGAAUUAGAACUGAUGUCAUUUACUCAUUUUGGAGAAAGAACUUGCCUUGAAGUCUUCUAACCUCUUUUGGUGAAGGUUUCCAUUUAGGAAAAAAAGGUGGCAAACACCCCCCCCCCCACCGCCCCGCUUUUUUGUAUCUUCUUUAUUCCUACACCAAGUAAAAGUUGGGAAUUCUAAGAUCCCAUUUCAGUUACUAUCUAACCUAGGUAGAAAACUUGAAUUUUAUCCGUGAAUAUUCUCUCCUCCUCCUCAUAGGUCCUUGGUCUUAAUUAUCAUGGAAAUGUCUAAUUCUUCCAUUAUUCCAUGGCUUUUGCUGUGACUGUUCUGAGGUUUCAGUUGAGACUUGUUUUAAAAGACACAGACAGCUGACUGGUUCAUAAUACAUUGGAAUAGCUGGAUCCAAACUAGUAAGAAUAAGCUGUACAGGGAUUAGCGCUCAAUAUAAAAUGUAUAAAUUUGUUGAAAUCUUUUGGAUGUGAAUGUGUUAUUUCAAGUGGCUUAUAUUAAGAUUUUCUCAGACUUACUUGGGUGUUCAGAGCAAACCCAAAUGUGUAUUUUUUGUUACAGAGCUCUGCUUUAUAACUUUGUAAUAAAGUUUCAAUAUAGA